UCUAGUUUCAUAAAACUUCAAAUUAAAAACCAAAACCUUCUCUCUCUGCCUUCUCUCUGUUCUAUCCUCCCAGAAAUGGCUUAUAAUUACCGUUUUGCCAUUCUUCUCGUUCUCCUCUCAGCCACCGUCGGCUUCUCCUCCGCCGCGUUGGUCGAGCAGGAGCCUCUUGUGCUCAAGUACCACAACGGCAUUCUCUUGAAAGGAAACGUCACUCUCAAUCUCAUUUGGUACGGCAAAUUCACCCCAAUCCAACGAUCCAUCAUCGUCGAUUUCAUCCGCUCUCUCAAUUCCGCCACCGCCGCCGCAAAAGGUCCCACCGUCGCGUCGUGGUGGAAGACGACUGAGAAGUACAAAGGCGGCGCGUCAACGAUCGUCGUCGGUAAACAGCUCCUCCUCGAGAAUUACCCUCUCGGAAAAUCCCUUAAAAGCCCAUACCUCCGAGCUCUGUCAAGCAAACUUAACGGCGGCGGUGUUCGGUCGAUAACCGUCGUCUUAACGGCGAAAGACGUCGCCGUUGAAGGAUUCUGUAUGAACCGAUGCGGGACCCACGGGUCGAAAUCAAGUUCCGUUAACGGCGGAGCUUACGUGUGGGUCGGAAACUCUGAGAGGCAGUGUCCUGGUUACUGCGCGUGGCCGUUUCAUCAACCGAUUUACGGACCUCAGUCUCCGCCGUUAGUCGCGCCUAACGGUGACGUCGGAGUUGAUGGAAUGAUUAUAAACCUCGCGACGCUUUUGGUUAACACCGUCACGAAUCCGUUUAAAAGCGGUUACUUCAAUGGGCCUCAAGAAGCCGUCUCGGCCUGUACCGGGAUAUUUGGGUCGGGUGCUUACCCGGGUUACGCGGGUCGGGUUCUCGUGGACAAGACGACCGGAGCGAGUUACAACGCUUUGGGCCUCGCCGGUAGGAAAUAUCUUUUACCAGCGAUGUGGGACCCGCAGACUUCGACGUGUAAGACUUUGGUUUGAAUCAGUGGUGAAGAAUGGAACACGUGGCAAGAAUCGAUGGUGAUGUCGAGCUAAAAAAGCUUAUUUGGAGUCAAAUGAAAGCUGUACUUGUAGAUAUCUAUCGCGUCUGGUUCGGGGUUUGGGAAAAGUGGGAUGUGCUUCUUUUGUCGUUUUACAUGACGUGUACAUUCGAUCCUGGAAAUAUGUCAAGGAUAGUUUCCUAUUUCUAUUUUCAUGCGGGAUAAUAAAAUCGAUUUGUAGUUUUCGCUUUA